AUGUCACUACUGGUGGAUUUAUAUACUACCCUCAGUAUUCUCAAGAGACACAUGCGCACUCACACGGGAGAGAGGCCGUAUGCAUGCGAUAUAUGUGAACACAGAUAUACUACCCUCAGUAUUCUCAAGAGACACAUGCGCACUCACACGGGAGAGAGGCCGUAUGCAUGCGAUAUAUGUGAACACAGAUAUACUACCCUCAGUAUUCUCAAGACACACAUGCGCACUCACACGGGAGAGAAACCGUUUGCAUGUGAGAGAUGUGAAUAUAUGUGUUCUAUGUCUGGUAAUCUCGAGAGACACAUUCUCACUCACACGGGAGAGAGGCGGUAUGCGUGCGAUAUAUGUGAACACAGAUAUACGAGUCUCCAUAAUCUCAAGACACACAUUCUCACUCACACGGGAGAGAAGCCGUUUGCAUGUGAGAGAUGUGAAUAUAAGUGUUCUACGUCCGAGAUGCUUAAGUCACACAUGCGCACUCACACGGGAGAGAGGCCGUUUGCGUGUGACAAGUGUGGAUGCAAGUUUACUGCCUGCAGUUCACUGAGUAGACACCGGCGCACUCAUUCAAAACCGAGCGCGUGAUACACGCAUCUAUGCAGGGCAAAUACAUAAACCAGGACUGCAUCAAAUCGUAUAGCAUGACAGUAUCACAUCGUCUAAAACAAUCUUACUGUGUGCCAUGAUAUCGCGCUGCCAUCCUUCGUAGCUCAUAGUACAGUAUUGUGACGUAUAUAAAUGACAUUACUGAUCUCUGUAUACUAUCUGGAUAGCGGCUGGCCAAUCCACUGUCAGCGAGAAAACGAAGCCGCCACAUCGUUACUGGCCGCCAUUUUGCGAAUUUGCAGGAGAGUGCAGAUUCUGUGAACCACCGACGGAACUCCACCCCACAGAGCAGCCGAUACGGCCGCUGCUACAUAGCCGCCGCCGCCGCACCGCAUAGCAGGGAGCUGCCGCCGCCACGGAGGAGCCGUCGCAGGGCCUUCCACCGCCCGCCGCCACGGAGGAGCCGGCGCAGGGCCGUCCACCGCCCGCCGCCUCCAGAGAGCUACCCCGCCGCAUAGCAGCUAUACCCGCCGCCGCCACGGAGGAGCCGUCACAGGGCCAUCCACCGCCCGCCGCCUCCAGAGAGCUACCCCGCCGCAUAGCAGCUAUACCCGCCGCCGCCACGGAGGAGCCGUCACAGGGCCAUC